CGAUCGCGAGCGCGUAGCGAUUGCUUCUGUCUGUUGUUUAGGUAUGGCGCCGGCGACAAGCCUGAGAGGCGGCGGGAACCCGGGCGGGGGUCUCGCUCUGUGCUGACGGCGACCCAGGGCUGAGUGGGCUAUGGAGGAGCCCGGCUCGUUGGUUACGGGAGACCGCGCCGGUGGCCGAAGCUGGUGCUUGCGGCGGGUAGGGAUGAACGCCGAAUGGCUGCUGCUGGAGGACGGAAACGAGGUGACGAUAGGGCGAGGAUUUGGUGUCACAUACCAGCUGGUAUCAAAAAUCUGCCCUCUGAUGAUUUCCCGAAACCACUGUGUUUUGAAGCAGAAUGUCGAGGGCCAGUGGACAAUUAUGGACAAUAAGAGUCUGAAUGGUGUUUGGCUGAACAGAGAACGUUUAGAACCUUUAAAGGUCUAUUCUAUCCAUAAGGGAGACCACAUCCAGCUCGGAGUACCUCUGGAGAAUAAGGAGAAUGCAGAGUAUGAAUAUGAAGUUACUGAAGAAGACCGGGAGAGGAUGUAUCCUUGUCUUGCCCCAAAGAAUGACCAGAUGACAGGAAAAAAUAGGGGAUUGAGAACUAAAAGGAAAUUCAGUUUGGAUGAAUUAGAGGGUCCUGGAGCUGAAGGCCCCUCAAAUUUGAAAUCCAAAAUAAGUAAAGUGUCUUGCGAACUUGGUCAACCAGUGAAGUCUCAUGGGAAAGGUGAAGUGGCCAGUCAACCUGCUGAAUAUUUGGAUCCUAAGUUGACUUCUGUUGAGCCAAGUGAGAAGACCACAGAGGCUCAUGUUUACCCUGGUUCUGCAAAAGUCAUAGAGCUUCAUCAUAAGAAGCAGAAAGCCUCAAACCCUUCAGUAUCUCAGAGCAGCUUGGAGCUGUUCAAGGUGACCAUGUCCAGGAUUCUGAAGCUGAAAACACAAAUGCAGGAAAAACAGGUAGCUGUCCUGAAGGUGAAAAAGCAAACCCAAAAGGGGAACUCAAAGAAAAUUGUGAAAAUGGAGCAGGAGCUACAGGACUUACAGUCCCAACUGUGUGCGGAGCAGGCCCAGCAACAGGCCAGAGUGGAGCAGUUAGAGAAGACUUUCCAGGAAGAGGAACAGCAUCUCCAGGGUUUGGAGAAGGAGCAAGGAGAAGAGGACCUGAAGCAACAGCUGGCCCAGGCUCUGCAGGAGCAUCGGGCUCUAAUGGAAGAACUAAAUCGCAGCAAGAAGGACUUUGAAGCAAUCAUUCAAGCCAAGAACAAAGAAUUGGAACAGACCAAGGAAGAGAAGGAGAAGGUGCAGGCACAGAAGGAAGAAGUGCUUAGCCACGUGAAUGACGUGCUAGAGAAUGAGCUCCAGUGUAUUAUUUGCUCCGAAUACUUCAUUGAGGCUGUCACCUUGAACUGUGCCCACAGUUUCUGCUCUUACUGUAUCAAUGAGUGGAUGAAGCGGAAGGUAGAAUGCCCCAUUUGUCGGAAGGACAUCAAGUCCAAAACCCACUCCCUGGUUCUGGAUAAUUGCAUUAAUAAGAUGGUAGAUAAUCUGAGCUCAGAAGUGAAAGAACGACGAAUUGUCCUCAUUAGGGAACGAAAAGGUAACAGAAUGGCCACGUGGUGCCAGAGCAACGUGAGGACAGCCACCAACUCGGGAAGUGUUCCGCUGAGGUGUGGUAAAUGCCUUCUGCGAGGGGCAAUGACCCAGGACCCAGAUUUAACCCAGUCAGCCUUCCAGCUGGAGUGUGCUGGAGCAGGGCAUGAGGAACAUGCACGUACUUUCUUCUCUGAGCCCACUGACUGGGUUUCUUCUCAUGUGCGCAAGUGCCAUAGAUGGCUUCAUGCAGCACUGGAAAGGGAAGGAAGAGCCCCGUGUCCUAAGUUCACCUCUGGCUCUCCUCACACAGAGUUACAACUGCAGAAGAAAUCACAUCAGACCCCCCCGCUUCUCCCUCCAGAGGAUACAGAGGGUGCCUCUCUGCCUUUUUGGUAACCCUCGGAGCCUAUUCAUGAGCUGAAGCGGACUCCCCGCCAUGCUUCCUAGCGGGAGGGGCGCUGACACUGGUCUCUGUUUCCGUGGUUAUCGCAGCAAUUGCAGCUCUGAGGAGUUCUCCACAGAGACAGAAGGUUCUGAGUCCUGAUUUAGGGAAACGUGCCAGAGCCAUCAGGAGCUCCACUGGUCUACAGUAUGAGGUUUAGAGGAAAUUCCCAGUUCAAAUACCGACUUUCCUUGCCAAUUGAAAGCUGCUUUAAUCCCCAGUGCAUGGGAAUUUUUAAAAAGGACCUGACUUAGAAUCUGGGAACCAGGAUUGGCAGGCCUUAAUUGUCAGAGUUUGGAUACCACCAAAGGGCUGUUUGCCUCCCGGGCAGGGGUUGCUCUUACCACAGAUUUGGGGAGGAGAAACCCUUCUGUCUGUGGCAGUGUAGGGUGCUAAUUCUUCCAGGAGCAGCCCCACUCUAGGCCUUCCUGGCUGGUGGUUGUCUUGUAGUUCCAUAUCCCCAUGGGAGGAUUGAUGCCACAUGACUGAUGAGCCACUGACCCUCAUAAACUCUGUGAGGCCCGAUUAUACAGAGGAGAGGAGGAGAAGACUUGGAGACCAGAUCCUGUGUUAGAAAAAGGAUGCUCUGGAGGUGGGGCAGAUAACAGACAUCUAGUAAGUGCUUGUCACAUGAAUAACUGUGGCUCUCUGGGAUUUUGACAUGAAAUUUUCUGAAGGGAAGACAUUUUUUGACAUUCCCUGCAGAGGAUCUCCCUCCGGAGCUGGUGGGGUGCUGGAGCAGAGUCUUCUGUCAGCUACGCCCCCUCUUCUGUUUGUUCUGUUCUCAUUAAAUGUUGGUUGGUUGACAGAGUGUUAACAUUCUCACUUUUAGCUUUCCCUAGCAGUUUCUUUGGGUUGUACUCAGAAAAGAAGAAAGCAGAUUACCUAGAAAUAAAAUUGUUGGUCCUUUAGAAGAGUGAUUUUCAGUCCAGGGGCUUUUUCAAGCUACAUUCCCUGGCUCCCUUGAUACUGUUACAUUGAACCAAGGCUACUGGUGGGAGCAUGCUAUGGCCUUUAGGUAUGCUGAGGUGAGAAGAAAGGUUUAUGAACCACAGGUUUCCUGAAUCUGUGACACAGAGACCCUUGUAGUGGUUGAGGGUCUCUAGGGAGAUAGACUCAGGUCAGACCACAGGGCCUGUGUCUCUUGCCAGUUUCCUGUGGGCUCUGAGGAGAGUGAUCUAGACAUGGGACAGGAGAAACUGGCAGUCACCUAAGAAAGUAUCUGCCUGCCUAGCUGCAAGGUUUUCCUUGAUGAUGCCCAUCACCCUCUGCUGAAAGACAGAGCCUCAUAAAGGAGUAUGUGGGCAUGGCCACAGUAAUGGUAUCUGGCAAGCUGAGCUCAUCCACAGAGCAUACUUAUUAGCAAGUACUUUGAAUCCACCCAGCCUUGCCCCUACACAGUCUGAAGGGUCGUACGCAUGAAGUCAGCAUGCCUGCCCAGCACAGGACAGUUCAUCUAGGGGAAAAUGGCUCUCAGCAAGGUAGCCACGGGCUGGGGUGUCCACAGGCAUGCACGCAAAUAGUUCGUAACACUAUUUUUGACUUUUUUGACUUUUAAAGAUUCUUCCUUUGCAAAAUUAUCAUGGGAUAGAAAAUUAGUAGACUUGUUCCUAGAAACAGUUUUGUAUUUUUCCAUCACCACCUCCCAUUUUUUCCCCUUAUUUUUCCUUUCCUUCUCUUUUUUUGUCUAUGGUCCUUCCUUUCCUUCUUCCUUGAUGGGCGUCUCCCCCAUCACCCUUGUGGCAUCUCAGAUGCAUAGUUGGAAACAACAAGGGCAGCACAGGAACUGUCUCCCCAGUGGGGGAGGGGACCAUGAUUGGAGUAGAGGUCAGCUGUGGGAUUAAUUGCCAUGUGUGGAGUAGCAGCCCAUGAUGGCCUAGAACUUCAGAUUGCUUGCUGAGACUAGAGUCCUUUAGACAUUUUUUUUUUUAAGAUUUUAUUUAUUUAUUUGAGAGAGAAUGUACACAUGCGCACAAGUGGAGCAAGGGCAUUAGGACAGAAACCCAAGCAGACUCCUUGCUGAAUGUAGAGCCUGAGGCACAGAGCUUGAGGCAGAGGUCCAUCCCACCACCCUGAGAUCACAAUCUGAGCGGAAAUCAAGAGUUGGAUGCUGGACCAACUGAGCCUCCCAGGCGCACCUUUUGUCUUCUUAAUGAUAAAAUAGAGUUAUUUUGGUUCUCUAAAAAAAUGGAUUCUCCCUUCCCGAGCAUGUAACUUUAUGAUUUCCUUUACAGACAUACACUUUCAGGAACUUCUUAUUAUAGAAGACCACCUGUGUAAAUACAGAGGAGUGUUAUUAACCAAAGCAGAUUUUCCUUGAGAGUUUCUUGGUUUCUACACUUAACUCUAGAUGAACACAGAGCAUUUUUAGAUCUCCAUGAACUAAUCUCAGAGAGUGGCUGGGGUCACUGACUAUGCUUCUUCCUCCCUCCCCCCAUAGAAUGUCAUAGAAUUAGGUGCAUCAUCGUUGAGGCUUCUCUGCACCAGCUGGAUAUAUAUCCUGCCCGACUGCCUGCCACUGUGAUUUUUAAGAAAUCUGAUGAGACCAGACAUGCUCCUAUUCCUGGCUAAGACAUCUGCUUGAAUUGCUUUCUGCUUUCCUACUCUGGAGAGUUUGGACCCCUUUUACCCUUGUCCCAUGAAACCUGAAUCAGAACCAACCACAAAGAGUAUCUCUUCCUUGAUUCCUAUCAUCUGGGCCUUUCCUUCUCAGUUCUUACUAAGUGCCAGGUGUUGGGGAUAAAAGUAAGCAGGGCAUCAGAGGAAAAACUGCCUUUUGGAUAUAGCAGGAGUGUGGGACAUUGAUGACUUUAUCUGGUACAAGUUUGGGGGGACUGGUGGGGUGAGAAGCUAGUUUGCCAUGAAUUGGAGAAUGAGUGUGAGGUUAGGAAGUAAAGUAAGAUAGACAAGUUCCUCAAGAAAUUUGGCUACCACUAAGACAUAGGGACAUCACCAAGAUAAGGCCAUAGCUGGAGGAGGAGGUGGGAUAAGAGGAAGUUUUUGUUUUGUUUUUUGAUUUUGAAGACACCGAGAGAUCUGAGUGUGUUUAUUUGCUGAGCCUGUGGAGGAGGAGCUGCUGGGAAGUUGAGAUAGUGGGUAGGGCCAGAUUCUUUGGAAAUGAGGAGAGGGCAGGACAGGGAAUGCAUAGAACAGAUGGGGGAAUUAGUGUCUAAAAGUGGGAGGGUACAUCCUGUUAUCUAGAGAGAAGGGUUUAAUGUGGGAGGGUGGGCAAGGCGAUUUGCUUGAGGAGAGUCAAGAGAAUUUCUUUCUUGUGGCUUUUUUUAUUUUUUGGUGUGCUACUAGGUGAAGCCUUAGCUGCAAGGGAGACUCGCUUAGCUCUCUCAGCUCUCCAAGGCUGCCCAUAAGUGGAGAAGGGUAGGAUUUUAUAAUCCUGUCGGUCCUCCUACCAAGUGUUCAGGACUCAGUCUCAGGGAACAGGACAGUCUCUUUGGUAGCUUUAUUGUGCUCUUAGGCUGGGAUCCCUGCUUCCCCGGAUUGAGGAAGCAGAAACAGUACAUAGCAGUAAAUUAUCCCUCCUACUCCUCCCUUUUCUCCUGUCCUUGCCUAGUGCUAUGUAUAUAAUUCCUUCGCUAUGUAUAUAAUUCCUUCGUCCUUCAACAGUGUGCUUUGAGGGCCAGCUUUGUGCCAAGUGCUGCUAUAGUUUCCAGGAAUAGAAAGAGAAGCGAAAAUCUAGUAAGUUAGAUGUGAUUAGUGCUACAAGAAAAAGCAAGGGAUCAGAGAGUGAUCAUUGCCAUUUUUGGUAGGGCAGUCAUGGAAGGUGGCAGAGAGAAGGCAGUACUGGAGUAAGGCCUUGGAGGCAGUGGCCACAGGAAGGGGGAACACUUUUGAGGGGGGGAGUGGAGGAGCAGCGAAGCAGCCAGUGUAACCACAGUGGAGCACACCAUGGUGGCGAGGAGGGUAGCACAGAAGGACCUCAGGGUCCUUCAUGGGCCUUGAACUCGUAAUACUCUGGGAGAGAUGAGGAGCAGGCUCUGAACAGCGUGACAUGAGGAUGGCAGCAGGGAGGCCAGGCCAGGGAAAUACAGGCUUCUCCUUUAAUUCUCUUUUCUUUCUCUUCCAAGCCAAGAGACUCUCCUGAAGACCACGCUCCAGGGGCGUUCAAGGGAUUGCCAGGCAAUGGGAGCUUGGGAUGGUCUGGAGGAUUAUCUGUGGCCAGGUCUUGGGCUGCUCUGAGAUAGAGCAUGGGACGGAGCCACGUGGGACAGAGACUGAGUUAGGAAGUCCUCCUCAUGAGCCUCCAUGUUGGCCGGCCACGCUGCCACCGCUCUCUGAGGCCAUGCUGGUACUCCCCGCGAGGGCUGCUUCCGGGUACUUGAUAGACUGCUUCACUGUGUGUUGAAUGGGUUAUGUAUUUCUGUUCUGCUUUUUAAAUUUAUUGUUUUUGUUACCAUUUGGGUACCUCAGAAGCACGUCAGUUGACAUUUGUUUUGGACAGGUUGGGUGUAACCCCUACGGCUGCCCCUAAAAGCCAAGGCAGCCUCUCUUGGAGAGGAUGGCCUGCCUCUUUGUAAAAACAAGAUGUCAUUUCCUGGAAAUAAAAUGUAAAGCCUAUCAGUUGCUCA